UUGUUACAAGUGACCAGCAGCCAUUUUGGAUUUGGGCGGAAAUGAAAUUAAAACUGUGCUGUUAAAAGCCUAAAAAUUCAAGUCAAGACAAACUUGAGCAUUCGACCCAAACGUCUAGAAAGGGGGCAUCUUCGUGGACUAACUAGACCACUGGGGCAGUAAGUGAAACGGUGUCGUCGGGGCGCCCACACUUAAGAUGGCACCGGCCUGAGACUCACCUGUGCGGCCGCUCUACCUCGGUUCCUGAUCUGCUUGGCUUUGAGGAAGAGUGGCAGUACUGCCUCACUGCAUAAGGGAUGGGAUCAGAGAACAGUGCUUUAAAGAGCUAUACACUGAAAGAACCACCAUUUACCUUACCCUCUGGACUUGCUGUUUAUCCUGCUGUACUGCAAGAUGGCAAAUUUGCUUCAGUUUUUGUGUAUAAGAGAGAAAAUGAAGACAAGGUUAAUAAAGCUGCCAAGCAUUUGAAGACACUUCGUCACCCUUGUUUGCUAAGAUUUUUAUCUUGUACUGUGGAAGCGGAUGGCAUUCAUCUUGUCACUGAGCGAGUACAGCCCCUGGAAGUGGCUUUGGAAACAUUGUCUUCUGCAGAGGUCUGUGCUGGGAUCUAUGACAUAUUGCUGGCUCUUAUUUUCCUUCAUGACAGAGGACACCUAACACACAAUAAUGUCUGUUUAUCAUCUGUGUUUGUGAGUGAAGAUGGGCACUGGAAGCUAGGAGGAAUGGAAACUGUUUGUAAAGUUUCUCAGGCCACACCAGAGUUUCUGAGGAGUAUUCAGUCAAUAAGAGACCCAGCAUCUAUCCCUCCUGAAGAGAUGUCUCCAGAAUUCACAACUCUCCCAGAGUGUCAUGGACAUGCCCGGGAUGCCUUUUCAUUUGGAACAUUGGUGGAAAGUUUGCUCACAAUCUUAAAUGAACAGGUUUCAGCGGAUGUUCUCUCCAGCUUUCAACAGACCUUGCACUCAACUUUGCUGAAUCCCAUUCCAAAAUGUCGGCCAGCGCUCUGCACCUUACUAUCUCAUGACUUCUUCAGAAAUGAUUUUCUGGAAGUUGUGAAUUUCUUGAAAAGUUUAACAUUGAAGAGUGAAGAGGAAAAAACGGAAUUCUUUAAAUUUCUGCUGGACAGAGUCAGCUGCUUGUCAGAGGAAUUGAUAGCUUCAAGGUUGGUGCCUCUUCUGCUUAAUCAGUUGGUGUUUGCAGAGCCAGUGGCUGUUAAGAGUUUUCUUCCUCAUCUGCUUGGCCCCAAAAAAGAUCACGCGCAGGGAGAAACUCCUUGCUUGCUCUCACCAGCCCUGUUCCAGUCACGGGUGAUCCCCGUGCUUCUCCAGUUGUUUGAAGUUCAUGAAGAGCAUGUGCGGAUGGUGCUGCUGUCUCACAUUGAGGCCUAUGUGGAGCACUUCACUCAGGAGCAGCUGAAGAAAGUCAUCUUGCCACAGGUUUUGCUGGGCCUGCGUGAUACUAGCGAUUCCAUUGUGGCAAUUACUCUGCAUAGUCUAGCAGUGCUGGUCUCUCUACUUGGACCAGAGGUGGUUGUGGGAGGAGAACGAACCAAGAUCUUCAAACGCACUGCCCCAAGUUUUACUAAAAAUAUUGACCUUUCUCUAGAAGAUUCUCCUAUGCGUGUCAUCUGCAGCCAUCACAGUCAGAUCUUGCCAAUCUUGGAGAACCCCUUCUCUAGCAUAUUCCCUAAAUGUUUCUUUUCUGGCAGCAUGCCCAUCAACAGCAAGAAGCACAUACAGCAAGAUUACUACAAUACUCUUUUACAAACAGGUGAUCCAUUUUCUCAGCCUAUUAAAUUUCCCAUAAAUGGACUCUCAGAUGUAAAAAAUACUUUGGAGGACAGUGAAAACUUCCCAUCGAGUUCUAAAAAGUCUGAGGAGUGGCCUGACUGGAGUGAACCUGAGGAGCCUGAAAAUCAAACUGUCAACAUACAGAUUUGGCCUAGAGAACCUUGUGAUGCUGUCAAGUCCCAGUGCAAUACCUUGGAUGUGGAGGAGUCAUCCUGGGAUGACUGCGAGCCCAGCAGCUUAGAUACUAAAGUAAACCCAGGAGGUGGAAUCACUGCUACGAAACCUGUUACCUCAGGGGAGCAGAAGCCUAUUCCUGCUUUGCUUCCACUCACUGAAGAGUCUAUGCCUUGGAAAUCAAGCCUACCCCAAAAGACUAGUUUUGUACAACGGGGGAAUGACCCAGACCAAAUCAAGCUGCCAAAAGUGUCAUCACAAGAAAGGCCCCUUAAGGUUCCAUCAGAACUUGGUUUAGGAGAGGAAUUCACCAUUCAAGUAAAAAAGAAGCCAGUAAAAGAUCCUGAGAUGGACUGGUUUGCUGAUAUGAUCCCAGAAAUUAAGCCUUCUGCUGCUUUUCUUAUAUUACCUGAACUGAGGACAGAAAUGGUCCCUAAAAAGGAUGAUGUCUCCCCAGUGAUGCAGUUUUCCUCAAAAUUUGCUGCAGCAGAAAUUACUGAGGGAGAGGCUGAAGGCUGGGAAGAAGAAGGGGAGCUGAACUGGGAAGAUAAUAACUGGUGACAAUAGAUGUGAGUUAAACUUUAGGAAAAAGGAUUCCCUUUUUUUAAAAAAAAUCAAUACCUCAAAAGCAGGCUUUGGGACAAGAAAACCCCAAAGUGGCCUGCUUUUCCCAUCCCAGGAGCUCAUUAUCCAGUCUGUGCCAACUGAAAUACGAGACUGCGAGUGCUGGCUAAAAACUCUGGGUGGUGAGGCUCACAGUACUGGUUUCCAGGAGGAAGAAGAGCCUUUGUGCAUUUGACUGAGGCCAGUUUCUAUGAAGAGUAAGUAGCUAAGGACAGGUCGAACUUACUUACUGCUUUUUCCAGGACAAUUCUGGAAGUAAAAUGUAAGAAUUCAAGCUGGUUAGCUUAAUUUUGUGCCAUUCUUUAACAUAAGAGUAAGCUCUAUUAAUUAUGAAAUACAACUUUAAAAAAUUCUAGCUAUAAAUUAUAUAAAUGAUUUUAAAUUGCUGAGGUUUCCUUAGGCAGCUUAUUUAUUUGUUUACAGUUAUACUAUCUGAGUAAAUGGUUCUUUGUGGACCUGGGCAGUUCCUGACUGUUCCACAUGUAGUACAUUGUACCAAAGUUCUUAAUAAGAAUAUUCCCCACAAUCCUGUUCUCUAAAUGUCAAAUAAAGAUUAUUUUCACUAGA